GGCAGCGGCCUCGUCUCCCCGGCCGAGUCUCAAGCUUCCUCAUCCGAUAUCCCAUCUUCUUUGGCGAGCCGAGGAGACUCGGGCAUCGGCCUCCUCUCCUCCCUCGAAUCCCAAGAUUCUGCAGGCAUCCAGUCUUCUUCGGCGAGUCGCAUAGACUCUGACACUGGCUGUCUCUCCCCAACCGGGUCCCAAGCUCCUCCCUUAUAUUGGGACUCUACUCGGUUGAUUUCGGUGCAGUGUUGCGAAGAUAUAUCCGAGACUCUGAACUUUAUAACCCAAGAACUGGAAAAGUGGCAAAAACAAACGUCCGACUUCCAUCGCGGGAUUACGGUCUACCUCUUCACAGACGUACGUCGUGAGUGGGGGAAUGCUCUUUUUCAAGCCAUCGAUGAGGAAUUUCGGGUACGAAAAACCUGGGACUCUCAAGCUCGGACAUUGAGUCUCAAAAUGCCGACCCAAGGACACGACAUCGCUCAAAAAUGGGUCAUUAAUUCCGUCGUGGAUUGGAAGGACGAUGCAAUCAUUAGUAAGGAAGAAUGGAGAGGUCUGAAAAUUGGCUUUGGGACUACUUUGAAGCUACCCACAUCUCUAUUCCCGAAAUUUCAGAAGGAGCCUGAUAUCUACAUUCGGCCGUACGACUCCGAUUCAGAAUUUCUUCCCCCAAUUGCUUUCGAAGUUGGGUGGUCAGAAACUGCCCCGAGGCUCAAGGACGAUGUCCGCAUUCUCCUAGAAGGAGGCGGCGGCCAUAUCCGGGUCGUGAUUGUGAUCGACUGGUGUCUACAGAAGGAUGGUCUUACUGUUACUGGCAAAGUGGAUCUUUGGAGGCGAGGCUUAGAUGGCCGGCCUAUCCACGAGCAGUCCGAGGAUAUUUACCCUGUUCCAAAGCUGCUUCGAGGCCAAGUUCAAAAUCUCGGAGUGACUCUUGACGACUUAUUCUUGACUACCCUACGAGCCAAUCAAGACCCCAAAAGAAUUGCAUACUUCGAUAUCGGGCAAUUGCGUGAGGAAGCCGACAAGGUCUUUAAAGAGCUGGAACUCAAAACCGCUUGA